CGCAGAGACCGUGCGCAUCGCGCGCGCCAUAUUCAACCUAACCUCCAACAAUUACUUUGAUAAACCGCCAGUGGACAUCGUAAACAAUUGAAUAAAUUUGACGUAAACAAUGGAUAAAAUCUUAGCACUUCAGGAUAAAUUUGAAGCACCGAGUGUUGAAAUAUUGGAAGAGGCACUCAAGCAGCAUUUAAUAGCCUUGAAACGUAGGGAUAACGAACAAGAUCAUCUCUUAACAGAAAAUGCUGCCAAAAUUGCCGAACUCGAGGGUAAAAAAUUGGAACUGGAGAAGAGAAUUACUCAGGAACAGAGUAAACAUAUUGCCUGCUUGGACGAGUUGGAGAGGCGCAAUAAGAUUCUGAAAGAACGGGAGCAUGAAAAAACUCGGUUGAUUACAGAGAAUCGGCACAAGGAAGCUGAAAAGAAUAAAAUUAUGUCAAAGUGUAAGAUGCCGAGUGUGACAGACGAGAAUACAUUAGAAAAUGGAAGGAAAAAAUUCGAAUAUUACAAGAAUCUCACUGGCAUCAGAUGGGAUUACCCCAUGUUGAAGAAUGGAAUCAAAGGCUAUGUUACAAACAAACAAGACUACAUCCAUCCAUUUUUCUUUGAGUUGGACCAAGCAGAUUUGACGGCGAAUUUGUGGGAAGAAAUCGCCAAAAGUACAACUCUAAAAGGAUCCGAAUGAACUGGCAUUCCAUUAAUCAUUUGAACAUAUUGUUUAAACAAUGGCCAUGAAAAUAAUGUAAUAGGAACUCGUAAGGUGUUCGCAAGUAUUAAUAAAUUUUUUAUCCAUUUGAUAAA